CGAAACGGCAGUCGAGCGAAAAUACAACUUGACAGGAAGAACAGCUGGGCCUGAGUCGCGGGCGCGCCCCGGUCACGCUGAUGCCUGACACCGACCGGGAGACAAGGAAAUCGCGGAUUUCCAGAAAUCAUCCUGACCUUGGAACCAAUCAGAAACACACACUCCACGCAUGUUCACUGUCUCUUCUCCGUCUUCAACAUCUCCCAGAAACGUUUUCUCCAGCUGUCUCGUUCCUCGCUUGCUCCCUUCUCACCGAGGCCUCGAGAAGAAGGAGGACGAAAAAAAAAACAGAGAGGAAAAGAGAGAAGAAGAAGGAAGAGAGACUAGCAAAGGAGAACCAGAGAGAAGAAGACUGAUGAGCGGAGAAGAGAUAAAGGCGAAGGCGAGGAGUUCUGAGAGAGCCUUUCGCUGUGCAGCCUCCUCGAUGCAUCGCUCUCUGUCCUAUUCGAGGAGAGCAAGGAGAGAGACAGCCUGUGCGUUUCUGUCGCCUUCUUCUGGGUCUGCUUUCCUCUCUUCUGUCGUCUUCCUCUUGUCUUCUUCUUCCUUCCUUCUCUGCGGCUCUGUGGGGCCGUCUCCUCACAACCUAGCCUCGUCCGCUCCGUCUUGGACGGCUGCUUUCAUCCCUUGUGGUUCGUUGAAAGUGUCUCCUCUCCUCUCGCGUGAACGGGGUUCUCUGUGCUUUGCUCUGCAGACCUCUUCUCGACUUCCUUCUCCGUUUCAACGCUGUCCCUUGUUCUCCGCAGGUUCGAGAGGCUGGCGUGUACCCUUUCGAAGUCCAGCCGCUCCUCCCUCUGUCUCUUCACCCUUUUGGUGGACUGCCGCAGUUCCUUUUUCCUCAAGUCCUCCCUUUUCGUUCCCUUCUUCUUUCUCCCUUCCAUCGUGUCUUUCUUCUUGUUCGUCCUGCCGCUUUCUCGGCUCUUCUCCAGCUCUUCCCCCGCCCUCUCUUCUUCUCUCAGUCCGGCGGAAACCAUCGUGCUCCUUGCCGCCUCAUCUGUUCUGCGGGUCUCCUUCCCUCUCAUCCUUUCUGUCGCUUUCUUCUGUGUCUGCUUCGCUGCUUGCCGCUUCUCUCCCUCGCUUUUCCUCGUCCUCUGUCCCCGCUCCGCCGCUGUCCGUUGCUCCGUCUCUGCCACUCUGCUCGAGUCUCGCUGCUGCAGCCAGAAGAUCACUCUCAACCUUCGAGGCGUCUGUUUCUCUCGAACAGCGGAGAGGGAGGCGCGCGGGUCGAGCGUCCGAGGAGAGAGAAGAAGCCGGCCGGCAAGGAGCCGCGAGCUCGACUUCCCCACAGAGAGAAAAGAGACAAAGGAAGAUGGAGGUCGACGGAGAAAGCCCAGAGACACUCGACGAGGCCCAGUCUCUUGUCUUGGAGGAAGAAGAAGAGCGUCUGUUUGACAUGCUCGUUCGAUGCGUUGAAGAUCUGAAGCUCAACGUUGUUCUGAGGGCCGCGGGAGGCUGGGUGAGAGACAAGCUGAUGAACCGUCGGAGUGACGACAUCGACAUUGCCAUCGACAAGUGCACGGGCGUCGAGUUCGCGACAAAUCUCAACAAGUGGUUGCGCGCCCAGGGUCUGCCUACGCAUGCAAUUGGAGUUGUGGCCUCGAAUCCGGAUCAGUCGAAGCACUUGGAGACGGCGACAUGCCGCCUGGCUCACCACCAGGUCGACUUUGUGCAUUUGCGGACGGAGACGUACUCGGAGCAUUCUCGCAUUCCGGAAAACAUCGGCUUCGGGACGCCCGCGGAAGACGCCCACCGCCGAGACUUCACGCUGAACGCGUUAUUCUACAAUUUGCACACGAAGAAGGUGGAAAAUUUCACCAAGACCGGUCUGGAAGAUCUUCGGCGCCGCGUGCUGAGAACACCACUGGAAAACGCGAGGGAGACGCUGCUGGACGAUCCCCUUCGCGUCCUAAGAGGCGUCCGACUCGCUGCGCUUCUGCGCCUUCAGCUCCACGAAGAAGUCGUCACGGGAGCGCAAACAAAGGCCGUACGAGAGGGCUUGAAGAAGAAGGUUUCGCGGGAACGCCUGGGGAUCGAAUUGAAAAAAAUGCUUUCCAACGGCACUGAGGAUGGCGCCAAAGAAGGCCUCGAGCGCACCCAGGGAACGAGCGGAGACCCCGGUAGCGAGACGGGUAACAGCCCUUCGUCAAAGAAACGAAGAAGAGAAGGGACAAUUCGAGAAGAAGAACCAGAGGGAGAUGGAAAAACGCACGAACAAGGGUGUGAAGAAGACGAAGGAGAUAGACAGGAGCGAGGACCUGAGGAUUUAGAGGCGAGGGCGGUGAGAGAAAAGAAACUCAGAGAAGUACAGAAAAUCGCGAAUGUCACAGACGCUGCAACGCAAGGAUUCCUUCUCCUCGCGGAACUGCGGGUGGUCGACAGCAUCUUCUCGUUGCCUGAUCAGGUUUUGACCGCCAAUGAUGGUGACGAGUGUUCUGUGGAGAGUUUAGGUGGAAAGGGAGAGACUGCUGGCAAGGCGAACGGCGGGGAGAGACCCGGGAACAAGAAGACGAAGCAGAACGGGAAACAACUGGGUAAAGAUGUGAUUCUCUCGGACCAAGACACUGCGCUUCAAGGAUGGUGGAAAGACGGCCUGCGAUGCAUGCACACGCUCAAUUCGCUUCUCUCCGUUGGAGCUGCGUCUCCGCGUUUUCCAGAGGUGUCGGAGAUCACUCGCGACUUGCUUCACAUGCCGGGACGAGAAACUGAAGCGAAGCCCGAGAAACCUCAGAGCAACGGCGAGGCGAAGGCAGAGGGCGACGGAGGCACGAAGGAGGCGGCGCGCGCCUCCGACUGGCAAGACGCCGUUCGCGCGUUGAGCCUCGCUGCGUUUCUCUUUCCUCUCGCGACCCGCGAAUGCUUGAACGAGAAGAAGAAACCGGAAAACCUGCUCUUCCACAUGGUCGUGACGGGUGUGAAGCUUGCGAAGAAAGACGGCACUCGCGCCCUCGAUUUGAACAAAGGUGCGCAUGCGUUCCUCCGGUUUCUCGACAAGGCCAAAGAGACAGACUGGAGCCUCAGCAUGCUUCCGGACCUGGGAGAAGACUCGCACGAAGAGAGGAAGAAAGCAGAGAGGGUGCGCCUCGGGCUUCUUCUCAGAGAAGCUGGCGGCGACAUCUGGCCUCAAGCUCUUCUCCUUGCUGCAGCGAUCGACCAGACACGCAAAACUGCGGCAACGCCUUCUGUCUCGUCUAGCGCCAACGGCUACGAGCAAACGGAAGACGAAGAAAGAGAAGUCGUCGAGGCACUUCACAGGGCGAAGCUCCCCGUCGAUAGUGAUGUUCUCAAACCGUUUGCAGAUUUGAGGAAACAGAUCGACGCCUUCGGCCUCGCGGACGCUCAUCUUCAGCCGCCGCUCUGCGAUGGCCACCGGGUGAAGACACUUCUCAAAAACUUGCCAAAAGGGCCUUUAUUCAAAGAGAUUCUUGAUGAGCAGAUCAAGUGGCAGCUCGCGCACCCGGCCGGCACAGCGGCGGCGUGCGAGGAAUACCUCAGGACGAAAUACAGCACCUAUGUAUGAAGAAGAAUGUUUUUAGGGAGCUCUAGUAAAUUUGUAUGCAUUCGCUUGCGUCGAAGCACGAGGUUGCUGGUAUGGGGUAGCUGUAUUGGUCUGCCUUGCAGGGUCUCCGCGUAUCUCACAGGCUCCAAGAACCAACAGAGACAAAUGUAGGCUUUUUACUUUGGCAGUACGUCAAUAAGAAGGAAAAUUCUUACACAGUCCCCUCUCCAGUGAGAACAAAGUUAUGGAGAAUCAAGCUGAUGGAGGGUGGGAAAGAGACAAAGUACAAGAAAUCCAGAUGGAGAGAUAAUGGCAGGUUCGACGGGUUUGUCUUCAUCACUUCCGUUCUUUUCCACGGAAGAUGGAAUUCAUGCAAGCGACCGUGGCACUCGAUCGUUUGAACUUUCUGCAGAAGCUAGCUGAGAAGCGUUAAGUUGUUUAGGUUCAAAUACAAAGGUUUUCUUUUUUCUUGUUGACAUCAAUUUUGGUUCUUGUGUGGCUGUUCGCGAGGAUGGGGC